AUGGGCUUCGCGCUGAAGAGGCCUGAUGACGCCGUGGGCUCUGCUGCCCCGGCGAUCAUAAUUGGAUUGUUCGUUGCUUUCGGUGGUGUUCUCUUUGGAUAUGACACAGGUACCAUCAGUGGUAUCCUCGCCAUGAAGUUCUGGCGUGAGAUGUUCUCUACCGGCUACAUCAACGAGAAGGAUGGCCUUCUCGAUGUUACCUCCUCCCAGUCUUCCAUGAUCGUCUCCCUCCUCUCUGCUGGUACCUUCUUCGGUGCUCUCGGUGCCGCCCCUAUUGCCGACAAGUUCGGUCGUCGCAUGGGUAUGGUCCUGGAGACCGUCGUCUUCGUCUUCGGUGUCAUCCUCCAGGUCGCCGCCACCUCCAUCCCCCUCUUCGUUGCCGGUCGUUUCUUCGCUGGUCUCGGUGUCGGUCUCCUCUCCGCCACCAUCCCCCUCUACCAGUCUGAGACCGCACCCAAGUGGAUCCGUGGUACAAUCGUUGGUGCUUAUCAGCUGGCCAUUACCCUUGGUCUCCUCCUUGCUGCCAUCGUCAACAACUCCACCAAGGACCGCAUGGACACGGGCUGCUACCGCAUCCCCGUCGCAGUCCAGUUCGCUUGGGCCAUCAUCCUCGUCGUCGGCAUGCUCAUCCUCCCCGAGACCCCCCGCUUCCUCAUCAAGCAGGACCGCCACGAGGAAGCCAUCCGCGCCCUCGGCCGUCUCCGCCGCAUGGACGUCAACGACCCUGCCCUCGUCGCCGAGCUCGCUGAGAUUCAAGCCAACCACGAGUUCGAGCUCCGCCUCGGAAAGGCCUCUUACCUCGAAAUCGUCAAGGGCUCCCUCGGCAAGCGUCUCGCUACCGGCUGCGCCGUCCAGGCACUCCAGCAGCUCGCCGGUGUCAACUUCAUCUUUUACUAUGGCACCACCUUCUUCCAGAACUCGGGCAUCCAGAACUCCUUCGUCAUCACCCUCAUCACCAAUAUCAUCAACGUCGUCUCCACCUUCCCCGGUCUGUACAUGGUCGAGAAGUGGGGUCGUCGCCCUCUCCUGAUGUUCGGUGCUGUCGGCAUGUGUGUCUCGCAGCUCAUUGUCGCCAUCGUCGGCACAGCCACCAACUCCGAUGUCUCCAACAAGGUCCUCAUCGCCUUCGUCUGUGUUUACAUCUUCUUCUUCGCUAGCUCUUGGGGUCCUGUCGCUUGGGUCGUCACCGGUGAGCUGUACCCGCUCAAGGCCCGUGCCAAGUGUCUCUCCAUCACCACCGCCACUAACUGGCUCCUCAACUGGGCUAUUGCAUACGCCACCCCAUACAUGGUCAACAGUGGUCCUGGCAAUGCCAACCUUCAGUCCAAGGUCUUCUUCAUCUGGGGUGGCUUCUGUUUCAUCUGUGGUAUCUUUGUGUACACUUGCAUUUACGAGACUAAGGGUCUUUCCCUUGAGCAGGUUGAUGAGUUGUACGCCAAGGUCCCUGUUGCCUGGAAGUCGGUUGGCUUCGUUCCUUCCGUGAACUACACUGAUGUUCGCGAUGUUGCUGAUAACGUGAAGGGUGGUGACCUUGCUCAGCUUGAGAUUGAUGCUGGUGAGAAGCGUGCUGGUGAGCAUGCUACUCACCACGAGAGUGUCCCUGCUAAGACUGAUGUCUGA